AUGAGCACUAAGGACGAAAAAUUUACCAAUGAAAACGACAUUGAAGGAAACACAGAAGAAAUCGUUGACACAUUUGACGCACUUGGUUUGAAUGAAAAAUUAUUAAGAGGUAUUUAUUCCUACGGUUUCGAAAAACCUUCAGCCAUUCAGCAAAGAGGUAUUAAGCCAAUAUUGAAUGGCUACGACACGAUUGGUCAGGCACAAUCAGGAACGGGAAAGACUGCUACCUUUGUCAUUUCUUCUCUGCAAUUAAUUAACUACGAUGUUGUUGCUUGCCAGGCUUUAAUUUUAGCCCCAACCCGUGAGUUGGCUCAGCAAAUUCAGAAGGUUGUUUUGGCCCUGGGAGACUACCUCAAGGUUAAGUGCCACGCAUGCGUCGGAGGUACCGUCGUGCGAGAAGACAUUGACAAACUGAAGCAAGGUGUGCACAUGGUUGUGGGAACCCCCGGUAGAGUGUACGAUAUGAUUGACAAGAGGCACUUGGGUGUGGAUAGGUUGAAGUUAUUCGUUUUGGAUGAGGCAGACGAAAUGCUCUCUAGAGGAUUUAAGGCACAAAUAUAUGAAGUGUUUAAAAAGUUGGUCCCAGAUAUCCAGGUAGCCCUGUUCUCUGCCACCAUGCCACAAGAAAUUUUGGAACUGACCACCAGAUUUAUGAGAGACCCUAAAACUAUAUUAGUUAAAAAGGAUGAGUUAACAUUGGAAGGUAUCCGACAGUUUUACGUGGCUGUGGAAAAGGAAGAAUGGAAAUUAGACACCUUAUGUGAUUUAUAUGAAACCCUAACCAUUACUCAGAGUAUCAUUUAUUGUAACACCCGAAAAAAGGUCGACAUUUUAACCCAAGAAAUGCACAACCGACUUUUUACCGUAUCCUGUAUGCAUGGUGAUAUGGACCAAAAGGACAGAGAUUUAAUUAUGAGAGAAUUUAGGUCGGGUUCUACAAGAGUUUUGGUUACCACCGAUUUGUUAGCUAGAGGUAUUGAUGUGCAGCAAGUGUCCCUAGUCAUUAACUACGACUUGCCCACCUCACCCGACACGUACAUUCACAGAAUUGGUCGUUCGGGUCGAUUCGGUCGUAAGGGUGUUGCCAUCAACUUUGUCACCAACGAUGACAAGGAGAAGGACAAGUUGAAGAAAAUCGAGUCCUACUACAGCACUCAAAUUGAGGAGAUGCCCUUGGAGGUUGCGGACUAUUUGUAA